AUGGGUGGCUCUUGUGAGGCAGGAUUCAAAAUCUGUUCGUGUGCUUGGUUCGACAUUGCAAAUAUUGCUAACCUGCACCACAGCCCGAAACUUGGCAUCUACGUCGUUGACGAAGGAGGUGUCAAGUGCGUGCUCACGCUCCCAUUACACUCGGUGAGGGGCGCCAGGUUUCAGUCUCAUUCGCAUUGGAAGAUCGCAGGAGGACCCCCGGUUAUUAAGAGCUCUAUAGGGACCGCAGUGCUCCAUAGAGCUACUGCGAGCAGAGGAUCACGAUGGCCUACGUACUGGCUUGUCCGGUACAUCUAUGCCUUCAAUUGA